AUGAAGAUUAUUUUGUUGUUGUUACAGGAAUACGUAUUUCGAUAUCACGGUAAAAAAAUUGGACAGCUCGAACCUCACGUUUACGCAUUGGCCGAAGCUGCUCACACAUCAUUAAAAACCUGCGAAAGAAAUCAAUCUUGCGUCAUUUCCGGUGAAAGCGGAGCUGGAAAAACAGAAACAACCAAAUUCAUUCUUCAAUAUUUGUGUUCUGUGACGAGCAAUGUUUCAACGUGGGUCGAACAUCAAAUUCUUGAAGCUAACACCAUAUUGGAAGCUUUUGGAAAUGCCAAAACCGUUCGGAACGACAAUUCCAGUAGGUUUGGAAAAUUCAUGCAAGUUUGUUUCGAUAACAAAUGGAUGAUAAAAGGUUGCAUAAUACAAGAUUACUUGUUGGAACAAUCUCGAAUAACGUUUCAAAGUCGAGGCGAAAGGAAUUAUCACGUCUUUUAUCAGUUGUUGGAAGGUGCCAAGAAUAAUCCAGAACUUACAAAACAGUUUCAUUUGAAACCUCCAAAUUUUUACAAAUAUUUAAAUCAAUCCGGGUGCGUACAGAUUGAAGGAGUUGAUGAUGCCAAAAAAUUAGACGUUUUGAGAUUAGCAUUUAAUGUUGUUCAAGUACCUGCUCAAAUGGUUGAUGGUAUUUUCGCCGUCAUUUCCGCCAUUUUAUGGCUUGGAAAUUUAGAAUUUGAGGAUGUCGACGGUGAAAAAUGUAAACUAGCAGAAGAAGAUAAGACUGUUUUGGCAACAGUGUCGGAUCUGUUAAAACUCAACGAACAAGAUUUGGCGCGAGUUGUUUUACUCAGGCAAAUAAACGUACGAGGAAACAUCACAGAAAUACCGCUUAAAUUACAAGAGGCCAAAGAAAAUAGAAAUGCCAUGGCAAAAGCUUUAUAUUCGAGAACUUUUGCUUGGCUCGUUAAUCACAUAAAUACUUGCACGAAUCCCGGACAGGAUUCUUCGAGAUUUCUAGGCGUUUUAGAUAUAUUCGGUUUCGAAAAUUUUCUAAUGAAUUCUUUCGAACAAUUGUGUAUAAAUUACACAAACGAAAAACUACACAAAUUUUUCAAUCAUUACGUAUUUGCUUUGGAACAAGAAAUUUAUCGUCAAGAAAAAAUAGAAUUUUCACAUAUACAAUUCACCGACAAUUCGUCUUGUUUAGAAUUAAUUGAAAAACCACCCAGAUGCAUAUUAAAACUAUUAACAGAACAAUGUCACAUGCCAAAAGGAUCAGAUUCAGCCUACCUAACAAAUUUACAUUCAGAAUUUGAAAGUCAUUGUUAUUAUGUGAAAGGAGAUGAUAGAAGAAAAUGGGAAACCGAAUUUGGAAUUAGACAUUAUGCUGGAACUGUGACUUACACUGUACAAGGUUUUGUUGACAAAAAUCGAGACGUUCAACAAGAUGUUUUUUUUGAUUUCAUGAGUCGAUCGACCAACGAAUUUAUUCAAGAAAUAACGGUUUAUCAAGAUUUAUUGGGAUCUACAGUUGCCAAAAUGGGGGGAACAAUGGCUAGAGGUACAACCAAAGGAAAACCCACAGUUAGUGAUACGUUCAGAUACCAAUUGCAGGCGUUGGUUGAUGUAUUACAAGCCACGAAUCCUUGGUAUGUGAGAUGCAUUAAACCAAAUAUGGAAAAAUCACCAAAUAGUUACAACGAAAAACUCGUAUUGGACCAACUUAAAUAUUUAGGAAUGUUAGAAAUAAUUAGAAUAAGAAAAGAAGGAUUUCCGGUUCAUAUGUUAUUUUCUGAUUUUGUUCAAAGAUUUAAAUGUCUUUCCAAAACGCGUCUUUCAAAUGAUCUUAAGGAAGCUACAAGUGCUAUUAUAAAUACUCAUAAUAUUAGUAAAACCGAAUGGCAAAUCGGUCAGACGAAAGUUUUUCUCAGGUUUCGCGCGUAUGAUCCUUUGGAAGACAGUCGUCAGAAAAUAUUAAAUGCAUGUGCAAUAUUGAUUCAGAGGACAUGGAAAGGAUUCGUUGUUAGAAAAAGUUUCAAACGGAAAAGAAGUGCUGUUUUAAAACUUCAACACGCAUACAGAGGAUGGAAACAAAGGAUUCAAUUUAUAAAAAUGAGAAGAGCUGCCAUCGUUAUUCAAAGUCAUUUGCGUGGAGUUUUUGCAAGAGAAGUUGCUGCCGCACUAAGAGAAAUGAGAAGAGUCGAAGAAGAAAUGAGAAAAAGGGAAAAAUUAGAAGAGGAAAGAAAGAAAAGAGAAGCGGAAGAAGAAGAAGAAAGGAAAAAGAAUUAUUUGGAAGAAUUGGAAAGAGCCACUCAAGAACAAAUAGAAGCACUAAAUCAAAUUGCAGAACAAAUAAAUCCAAAAUUAAUGUCGACCGACCAUUGUGGAGAUUCAGUCGAUUUGGAUAAUUUGUUUGCAUUUUUAUCCGAUAUGCAACCCGGAAGUCGACAUAAUAUCAUUGAAGAAAUUUCUUCUCACAUGGAAGACCUGGUCGAGGAUUUAGAUGUAGAGCUUGAAUCUGUGAUUCAACAAGAAUUGGAAGGACUUACCAAUGGGAUAUCAAAUGUUGAUGUGAGAUUGAGGAAGAAUCCAUCACUUCCUGAGCCAACAAUGCCACCACCUCCUCCUCCUUUCACCAACGGUACUGGGAAACCCUCAGCUAUCGUUAUUCCAAAAACUGGUGAAAAGUCGGGUAACGAACCGAUUUACGAAUCGGUCAUACCACGGGACGAAUCGAAUUCAUCACCUCCUCCGCUCCCGACUCCUCCUCAAAAAAUUAGACCCAAAAGCCCGAGUGUGGAUCACGUUCAAAGAAAUUCACUGGAAAGAUCUACUAGUCCUAGACCGAGACCACCGGGUUCUCCACAAUGUCAUUCACGACCCAAUUCUCGAAGUUCGUCGGGCGUACCUCAAAAUUGGAAAACUCAUAGGGAAGAAGAUUUGGAAAAAGAACAAAGGCGAAAAUUUAGAGUUGAAAAAAAAUUACAAGAAUUAGAAGAAGAUGAUAAGGAAAGAGUGGCCAAUGACGUUGACGAUUCUUAUCACGACAUUGUCGAAUUCGCUCAAAAUUUUUUCAAUGCUCACGAACGGUCGCCAGAGGGAACGAUUAUGGCGACGCUUACUCGAAAAACGAGGAAAUCCAUGGAAAUGAUGCCAAAAUACGAAAUGGUUACCUACUACAAAGGGAACACUAUUCCAAAUUCGCACAUUCACAUGUACGAUCCUGACAACGUGACAGUGGCUUGCGCCAUUUUUAGAGAUCUUUGUAAAUUUUUAAGAGGAGAACUCAAACCUGAAACUGAAGUAGCCACAAUUCAAACCAUCGUCGGCCAUGGGAUCGAACGAGAAGAACUCAGAGAUGAAAUAUUUGUACAAUGUAUUCGCCAGGUAACAAAUUGUCCUCAGACGGAAUGGAUGGAAAGAAUAUGGCUCUUGCUUUGUCUUUGCAUUGUCUCCUUUCAACCGAGCAAACAUUUAUACAAGUAUUUCGUUUGUUUUUUAAAGAAAAACCUUUCUCUCGAUGGAAAAUUGCGUCAGUAUGUACAAUGGUGUCUAGAUAAUUGUAAUAAUAACAGAGUCACGAACAGAACUUUCCCUCCAUCAGCCGUGGAAAUAUCAGCAAUGAAAAGAUUAGGAACCAUAGUCUGCAGAUUUUUUUUCCUCGACGGACGCACGAAAGCGAUUGACGUUCAUCCUACCGACACGGCUGCGGAUGCUGUCGUAAAAUUAUCCGAUAAGUUAGGAUUGAGAAAUAUUGAGGGUUGGGCCAUUUACGAGAGUAGACUCGACGGAGAGGAACACGUUAAAGCACAUGAUUAUUUGUAUGACGUCAUAGCAGCCUGGGAACAAAAACAAAACAAAGCGGGUAACAACAACAACAACAACACAUCAUUUCCAUCUUUGAGUCGUCGAGGUAAUCAGACGACGUUAAAUCCAGGAGAAAAUAGAUUUAUAUUUAAGAAAAGACUUUUCAGAAAUAGUAGAACUCUUUCUCAGGAUCCCGUUGAGAUUAACAUGCUAUAUGCUCAAGCUGUUCACAGCGUGGUUAAGGCGGAUGAUUUUCCCGUAAGUGAAAAAGUUGCUCUUCAAUUGGCCGGACUCCAGGCUCAAGUUGCUUUGGGUGAUCCUCGUCCAGAUAAUAAUAAACUGACGGACUAUUACGCCGGAGUUGAUACCUACCUGCCGUACAGAAUAUCCAAGAGCAGAGGAGAAGAUGUUUGGAUAUCCAUAAUUAGUGAGGCCCAUAGCCAAUACGGAACCGGAAGGUCAGAACUUACCGCCAAAGCUCUUUAUCUUUCUUGCGUUAUGCAAUAUCCUUUAUACGGCACAACCAUGUAUCCGGUGACUUAUAGGGGAUAUUGGUCUUACGGUAACAACUUGAUUUUAGGAGUGAAUUGUUCGGGUUUGAUGCUCAUAAAACCAGACGAUAAAUUCGUUUUGUACGAGUAUCGUUACCAGAACAUAGAGAGUAUUUUUUUAGAUCCCAGUGAUAGUUUUAUAACGAUCAAUCUCAUGCGACAAAUCCCGGAUAACACUCAUAAAUGUUUCGUUUUCGAAACGCCCUACAAAAAUGAAAUUGGGUCCCUAAUUGUGAGUUAUUGUCCGGCUUUGGCAAAUUGGAUAAUCGAAAAUGAAGCUGCCGUGAGAAAGGUCAAAGCCAUAACGAACGAAGAUAGAACGAGAUUGUAUAAUAAUUUAGUGAACGCGAGAAAAAAUUUAGUUGAAAGUGAUUUAUUAAGAAAAUCAGUCGAACCAGGUGGCGGAUUCAUUCGGAGCACGUUAAGAAGGCUAAGUAAAAGUAGAAUUGAAAAAUUAAGAGCUGAUUAUGGUGGGGAAGGUGAAGGUGUCAAAGGUUAUCCGUAUACGUUUUGGGCUUUUUCAAAACAACCUCUUACGCAGAGCUUUAGUAAAAUCCCCGAAUCCGAUGAACAAAUCGCUUUGCAAGUUUUCCAAUUAAUUUUGAAUUAUGCCGGUUUGGGGCAAAAUGGUGAUAUAAUUCGUCGAGCAGAAGAUGAACACGUCAACCUUCUACAAACCAUAAUGGAACGUUGCAUGAGAAAAGAUGUUCUUCUAAACGAACUCUAUUUGCAAUUAAUCAAACAAACCACGGAUCAUCCAGACCCUAAUUCGAGGGUUAAUUUACGUCAUUGGGCUCUCCUUUCACUUGCUUGCUCCGUGGCACUUCCUCCUCAUAAACAACUGAGAAAAUACCUCAUUGCUCAUUUGAAAAGAUGUGCGAGCGAUUGCAUCACGGAAGAGGGUAAAUACGCAAGGUUUGCUGAAAAAUGUCUUUAUAGAACGCAGGGAACUCGAAGACGACAAUGGCCUCCAUCUAAAGAAGAAAUAAUGUGCACGAUAAAUCGACGACCCAUUUAUGCGAGAUUUCAUUUAAUGGAUGGACAAUACCACGCGAUAGAAUUCCUUCCUUCUGCAACUGCCAGAGAAGUCAUGGAUGUUAUGAAAAGCAAAAUCGGUUUAAAAGAAUCUGCCAUGGGUUAUGCUAUUUACGAAGUCCUCGGCUCUUCGGAAAGAAGUUUGGUACCAGACGAAAAAGUCGCUGAUGUCAUGUCUAAAUGGGAAAGGUACAGAACAGCAACAGCCGCUCAAGCUAAUACGCCAGCCAAUGGUACCAACACAAUACAGUUAAGAGUUUCGAGAAAACAACAGCAUUUUUUCCUAUUUAAAAAACAUUUGUUUUUGGAUCAGUACAUGAAUUUAGAGGAUCCCGUUGAAAAAGAAUUGUUGUAUCAUCAAGUAUUACACGGAUUACGAUGCGAUAGGUUUCCCAUUUCCGAACAAGAAGCGGUUAUGUUGACGGCUCUUCAAGCACAAUUAGAAUUAGGGGAUUGCGGUGAUAUAUUGUUAGAUUACAGAGGCGUAGCCAGUCACUGUUUGGCUCCUCGUUUCGUUCCGAACGUGCCUCACGAAUGUGUUGCCAUGCACCAUCAAAGUUUGCACGGUAUGACGCAACCCGAAGCUAAAAAAUCAUUUUUAAAUUUGAUUCAAAGUUGGCCGCUUCAUCGAGCGACGAUAUUCGACGUCAUGCAAUCUUUCACAUCGAACUGGCCUCGCGUGCUAUGGUUGGCUGUCGAUCAAACGGGACUCCAUCUUUUAGAACAUCGUUCUAGAAAUGCUCUCGUCACAUACGAUUACGAAUCAAUUUUAAGUUAUUCUCCCGCAUUGAACUGUUUGAUGAUAGUGACCGGAAGCGAGAGAAAACAAAGUAAAGUCAUACUCACAACUUCUCAAGCAUUCCAGAUUGCAAAUUUAAUAAAGGAAUACUGCGAAGUUUUACAAGGGGGCUGUGAAAACAAAGAUAUAUUGCGAAGGAGAGACGGACAGCAACAGCAUCAGUACUCAUCGAGACCCAUGAGCAUUUUACACAAGCCUGCUCCUAUCAUUGAGCAAGCUGCCAGCUGA